CACGGGACGGGGUUAGGGUGAGACUAACGUGGUCCCGUGGGUGCAGCUGGGUGGAGGUCUGGGUGUGAGUUCUGGUGUCGCUGUGUCCCCCCCGCAGGGCAGGACCACUCGGCUGCUGAUUGGUUUAAAACCUCAAGUCUGGCAGACAAACACACAGGCGUCCUCCCGGCAGACGGGGGACACGCGGCAGGAGCUUCAUCGCAGAGAUGCAGCUGUUUGUGAGACAGCUCGGCAGAAAGAUCACAGCUCGAGAGCACGGCUCCAACAAGAAGUUGGCGGCCCAGUCCUGCGCCCUGUCCCUGGUCCGGCAGCUGUACCACCUGGGGGUCCUGGAGGCGUACUCCGGGGUCACCAAGAAGAAGGAGGGCGAGACGCUGGAGCCGUUUGACGUCAGCGUGUCUGCAGACCUGCAGCAGCAGCUGGCCGGUGUGGUCCAGGACCUGGGAGUCCAGAUCGCCCCCCCGCCUGCAGACCCCUCCUGCAAGGUGUCCCUGGUUCAGGGGAAGAUGGCGACGUUCGAGCCGUCCCAGCGCCAGAGCGGAGCCGGGGUGGUCCCGUGGUCGCCCCCCCAGGUCAACUGGAACCCCUGGACCAGCAGCAACAUCGAUGAGGGACCGCUGGCCUUCGUGAGUCUUUGA